UGUUUGGGCCAACAGUGGCGCCCCAUGUUAUAAAGGGAUCAAUGUAAUCCCCACACUACCCGCCCUCACCGCACACUAGAAUGGCUCUCAGAAUCAGAACUGCCUUGUCCUCUCUCGUUUUCCUCCUCUCACUCAGCCUUGCCUCCCUCGUCAGAUCCGACGACUACGAGUGCGUGUACACGGUGUACGUUAGGACUGGAUCUAUCAUCAAGGGAGGAACCGACUCUAAGAUCGGCCUCAAGCUAUACGACUCCUAUGGCUAUGGCAUUCACAUCAGGGACCUUGUAGCUUGGGGCGGCUUGAUGGGCCCCAAUUACAACUACUUUGAGCGGGGUAACCUCGACAUCUUCAGCGGCAGGGGUCCUUGCCUCAACAGCCCCAUUUGCGCCGCCAACGUCACCUCCGACGGCACCGGCGCCCAUCACGGAUGGUACUGCAACUACGUGGAGGUCACCACCACCGGGCCCCACGUGUCCUGCUCCCAGAAGCAGUUCACGGUCGAGCAGUGGCUCGCUCUGGACACAUCGCCCUAUCAGCUCUGGGCUGCCAGGAACUAUUGCUCCACCAAGCUUGAUCACGACCGCGCCACUCCCGUCGAUGGCUUCAGAUCUGGACUCUCCAUUCUGAGGCCCACUCUCACAACCGUGUGACACUGCUUUCCAAUUUAGUAUUUAGUAAUUCAUAAAUUGGUCGUCAGUGUCUUGUGAUGUCUUGUGUAUCGUCUAAUGGGAGUGGGAAUCUGAGGGUUUGUACCGGUCUCGGCGUUGAUCUAUGCUUGUAUCUGUAGCCGCUAAGUCGGCGAUGCAGAUCCGGCCAUCGGACUGUAAUCUUCAAUUGAAUAAAUAAUGCCCUUUAUGGGGCGGGACCUGCCUACUUGGCCUCCGGCAAUCA